CUGUUCCUCACAAAAUCGAGAAAUUAAACAGUGUUAAAUAGUUUUCAAAGAGUAAAGUAAUUUAAGUAGGUAGUGUUUUAAUUAAUCUGCGAGUUAAGAGUAAAUCUUGGAGUAAAGUAUGUAAUUUAAGUAAAUAAAUCUCAAAAUAAAUUCUGUACCUACCAACAUAAAUAAAUAAAAAUAACUUUUAAACUUUACUAAAAACAAUUAGCUUAACAUUCAAACAGUUUAAAUUAGGGGAAACUAUUUAAAAAAAAACAGACUUUAACUAAGUGUAACUUUAAACAGUAAAAUUAGUGUGCUAAAUUUUAAUACACUGAACACGAGAAAUUCUAAAAUAUUUUGUGGGUGUAUGUACUUGUUAAUGUGACAAACUUAUGGCGUCUUUAUCCUUGCCCCGUGUGCUUCAGCUGAAAAAGAACAGUCUGGAUGCAGAACGUGAGCAGUUCGAGAAGUCCCAGACACUAGCCAUUCAGAAGGCGAUCAACACCAACGAGACACCGGUCAAAGAGAAACAUGUCCGAAGCACGAUCAUCGGCACAUUCAGAGAACAAAGCGCCAUCACCUAUUGGAUGGUCGCCGUCCGACUUCCGAUCCAGGAUAAUCGGAUCGUGGCGUGGAAGUUCUGUCACGUGACCCAUAAACUGCUGCGCGAGGGUCACCCGGCGUGCCUUGACGAUUCGCAGAGGCACAUCUCCAUGAUCGAAAACCUCGGCAAGCUCUGGGUGCAUCUUCGUGAAGGCUACGGCAAGCUGGUGCAUCUGUACUGCAACUUGCUGGUAUGCAAGUUGAAGUUCCACGCGAGAAAUCCUCGUUUCCCAGGGAACAUGCAGCUAACGGCGGACGAACUGGACGCGAUCGCCGAGAACGACGUCAACAACUAUUUCCAGUUAUGCGUAGAGCUGUUCGACUACAUGGACGAAAUUCUAAAUUUACAAGCAGCAGUGUUCGACAGCCUGGGCAACGCUCGGGCCAACUCGAUGACCGCGAGCGGCCAGUGCCGGCUGGCGGCGCUCAUCCCGUGCGCGCAGGACGCGUCGCAGCUGUACGACUGCAACGUGCGCCUGCUGUUCCGGCUGCACGCCGCGCUGCCCGCCGACACGCUGCUCGGACACCGCGAGAGAUUCAGACAGCAGUUCAAGAAACUGAGCACGUUCUACAAGCACGCGAGUAGUCUCCAGUAUUACAGGAAUUUGCUGACUCUGCCGGUGUUGCCAUCUAAUCCACCUAAUUUUCUACUCCAGAGCGAGUUCGGCACGUACGUGACGCCGGUGGUGUCGGUGCCGGAGCCGCCGCCGGACGAGCCGGACGCGGUCGGCGCGCUCGUCGACACGUCCGACGCACUCAGCCAGUCCACAUCGGAUCAGUUCGAGGAGUUUGAGAGUCGUCCGUCGGCGUCCCCGCAGCCCGACCCCGUCGUGGAGCGGGACCGGCUCAUCGACCAUCUGCAGAACGAACUUAAAAGAAUGAGGACCGAAGUAUCACAAUUGGUGCAAGAAAGGAAUUCAAUGCUCGGCUCGAUGAGGGAACAUUGUACACGUUUGGAAACUCAACUGCAGUCCGCUAAAGCUGAGUUGGAAGAUGAGAAACAGAGGGCCGUGGCUUUGUCUGCUGAGACCCCAGAAAUUAAACAGAAACUAGUUCAAACAGAAGAGAUGGCUAAAACGAUCGACGAAAAGUUCCAGAAACUUAAAGGGGCGUACACACAACUACGGGAAGAACACAUCGUUCUGAUUAGAAAAAAAGCCGAAGUAGACAAAAUGGCCGCCAAUUUACGCGCCACAGCCGCUCAGCAUGAAACCGCCAAAAUGUCGUUACAGCAACAACUCAACGACAGAAUGAAAGAUGUUGAAUUACUACAACAAAGUGCUUCGUCGAGUGAAGAGAUUGAAGUGUACAAAUCAGAAAUAGCAAACCUUCGUAGCGAAUUAGAACAAUCUAGAGAAAAAGAGACAGAAUUCCAAAUCCUAAAAGCUUCCAUGGAAGCUCUAGAGAUUGAACAUAAAACUGUUAAAACUGAACAAGAAGACAAAAUCCUGACGAUAUCGAAUGAACUCAAAGAAUCUAAAGAAAUUUUAGAAAAAGUAAUACAAGAAAAAAAUGAUAAAGAUACUGAAUUAAUUAGAGUUAAAGAAGAAUUGUUAGGAUUGAGAGAAAAGAGUGGAGAUGAGUAUAAAAAGGUAGUUGAAGAAAAAGAGGAAGCUCUUAAAAAAAUCAUCGAACUAUCAGAAACUCAUGCAAAGGAAAAAGAGGUCUCGAUAGAGAAUGAUUAUGAAACCGUUAAAAAAAUUUACAAAGAACAAGAACAAGAGAAGCAGGAACAAAUAAAUAAAUUGUCUUUGGAAAUAGAGAAUUGCAAAAGAAAUAAUGAAAUCGUUCAAGAAGUAAAUAAUGAGAAAUUAGAACUUGCUAAUCGGAUAUCGGAUUUAGAAUGUUUAGGUGAAAAAAAUAACAAUAAAAUUGGAGAAUUAAACGAAAUAAUACAAGAACAAAAGGAGCUAGUAGAAAGGGAGAAACAGCAGAAUGAAUCACUGUCGAUAAGAAUCAAAGAACUUGAAUCAGAAAGAGAGGAACACAGUAAGAAUAUUGAUGAAUUAAAUGAACAACUAAAAGAUGCCUUAAGUCGGUCAGAAAAAUUGAAGUUCGAUUAUGAAGAUCAAUUGAAAAGUACUAAUUACAAUGUAACGUUAUUAAAUGAUAAACUUCAGAACGUAACUGGUUGCAAAGACGAUUUGAUAGAUAGCUUGAAAAGCAUGAUUACCGAAAAAGAUAAACAGGUUAUAAACUUAAAUUGUGAAGUAACCAAACUAACAGAAAAUGUCACCAGACUAACUGAAGAACUAACCGAAACUCAUGCUGAAUUGGAGAUAGGCAAGAACGAAUUCUUUACUUUAAGAGAAGAAUUCGAAAAUAUCAUGGAUCGCAAUGAAAAAGAUUUGGCCUUAAAAGAUCAAGAGCUUGCCAACCUCCGGGAUGAGAUCAACAAAAUAACCAAAAAGUCGGACAAACUUGAAAAAGAAAAAGUUGAUUUACUUUCCGAAUUGGAUUUAGAGCGACAGGCGUUAGAAAAUAAAAUAAAAGAACUUCAACUCGAUAACCAAAGACUGCAAGCUGACUACGAAGCCAUAGAGUCUGAAAAACAAAAGCUAAGCCAUGAAUUGACGUCACAGAUUGAAAAGAUCAAUUCAGAUUACGAAAUGUUAAUGAACACAAAUACAAAUGAUAAAGUUGAAUAUACCGAACGUAUUAAUGAUUUACAAUUAUCAAAUUCGACAAAAGAUGAAAUCAUUAAUACAUGUAAAGUUGACAUUGAAAAUUUGAAAGCGGAAAUCGAAGAAUUGAAACAAAAUAAUUUAAAAGAAAAGGAUGAUAUCGAAGCGGUUCUGACUGAAAGAAAUAAACAGAAACAGUUGUCGGAGGCUAGAAUAGAACACGUCGAACACAUGCGAUUGAACGCGGAGUGUGAAUUACAGGAUUUGUUACAAAACAAUUCCGUACUAGAAGCGGACGUGGCGGCUUUGAAGCGGCAACUCGACGAGGCGCAAAGGGAACUUGAGAAACAGCGUCUCGAAGCGGUGACGUGUGUCGGGGAGGCCGCUUUGGCGCUGACGAACGAAGCGUUAGCGGCCCUCGAGCGGUCCGACGCGCAGGAGUCGACCCUGCUCGCCUCGCAACUGGCCGUCGAAGCUUUCGAACAACUCGACAAAUGUUCCGAGAUCAAGGGCAAUGAGGAAGCUGUAAUGAAAUCCGCAAUAAACGUGGCCCACAACACCGCGCAGCUCGCCGGCUACGUCACAGAGGUUUCCCAUGUUUCCACCAGCUUGGAAUUGACGGAUAAACUACAGAACGAAUGCCGCGCCAUGCUGAGCUCGACGAGGGAGUGCCUGGAGGCGGUGCGGGGCGGGCGCGCGGCGGGCACGCGCUGCGGGGAGGCGCGCGCCCGCGUGCUCGGCGCCGCGCACGCCGCCGCCGCCGCACUGCGACCCGACGGCGCCGCGCGGACCGUCGACGACGAGCUCGACGACAUGGACGCCGCCAUAGAGCACGCCGCCUCGCAGAUAGAGGAAAUGUUAGCGGCCAGCAGAGCCGGCGACUCCGGGGUGAAGUUAGAGGUCAACGGUAAGAUCCUGGACGCUUGCACCACCCUGAUGGCCGCGGUAAAGGUUCUCGUCCAAGACGCCAGACAGCUGCAAAACGAACUCGGCGAUCAGCACUCCCGGCAGAAGAUGUACCGGAAGAACCCGCAGUGGUCCGAAGGAUUGAUAUCCGCGGCGAAGGCCGUAGUCUUCGCUGCCAAGUUGCUCGUAUCGUCUGCGGACGAGGCGGUGGGCGGCAGCGGGCGCAUGGAGGGCGUGUCGGCGGCCGCGCACGAGGUGGCGGGCAGCACGGCGCAGCUGGUGGCGGCCUCCCGCGCCCGCGCCCCCCCGCAGACCCCCGCCCUCACCCGCCUCACGCAGGCGUCGCGCGGGGUCGCCGCCGCCACCGGCGCGCUGGUGGGCGCCGUCCGGGCCGCCUCCGCGCGACUCAACGAACAGGAAGCUCUAGACACGUCGGCACUAACGCUGACGGCGACGCGUAUCCUGGAGAUGGAGAGCAAGGUGCGGUCGCUGGAGCUGGAGAGCGCGCUGGACGCGGAGCGAGCCCGCCUCGCCGCGCUGCGGAAGCGACACUACCUGCUCGCGCAACAAGAAGAGGUGACUGUACCUAUAUAUGUUCAUACGUGAAGCAAAAACUUUGGACCCCAUUUUGCGUU